UUAAGAUUCACAAGCACCUUGAAGCGCUCAGAAUAAGAAUGAACAAAACAGCAAGCAAGCAGGGAGGGUCACCUCAGGAUGGCUCACCUUUGGAGAUGGCUGCCCUUGGCCGACCCUUCCAGGUGGGGAUGCUCUAUGACUGUCGCACUGACUCGCUCAUUCCAGGUGUCACUCUGUGGGACUUGGAAAACCUUAAGAAGAACCUCAACAUUAAACCACAGAAGAAAACACAAUUGAAGGUCAUCACUUCAGACUCCUUAGAUGAGAAAACCUCCAUCUUAAAUUUGACAGCCUCCCUUAAAGCGAGCUUCUUGUGUGGCUUGAUUGAGGUUGAUGGGUCUGCCAAAUACCUCAAUGACACCAAAUCAUCCAAACGUCAGUCCAGGGUCACCCUGCACUACAGCACGACCACCAGAAUGGAGCAGCUCAGCAUGAGCCACUUGGGGAAUCAGAACGUCGACUAUCCAGAAGUGUUUGAGCAGAAAUCAGCCACCCAUGUUGUCACGGCCGUGCUGUACGGAGCUCAGGCUUUUUUUGUAUUUGAUCAAAGCAGCUCUAAAGAAGAAGAGAGACAGGAGAUUAAAGGAAAAUUAGCUCUAACGAUAACAAAAUUUAUAUCAGUAAAAGCAAAAGGAGACUUAAAAAUGACAGAUGAGGAGAAGAAAACCACUGACCAUCUUAACUGCACAUUUUACGGUGAUUUUGCCCUUGAUCACAAUCCUGCCAGCUUCCAGGAGGCCAUGGAGAUUUACACCGAAUUGCCAACAAAACUUGGCAAAGAUUAUGAGCUUGCUGUGCCCAUCCAGGUUUGGCUGUACCCGCUGAAAUAUCUCGAUUCACAAGCUGCUCAGCUGGUAAGAGACAUCAGUGUGGCACUGGUGUCCAAAUCUCAGGAGGUCCUGGAGGAGAUAGACGAGCACAUCAUGAGGUGUAAUGACAUCAUGAAGGACAGUGUUGUCAAUAAAUUUCCUGAAAUUGGGAAAACCACAGACCAGUUCAAAUCAAUACUUAAUCUAUUUAAGUGUAUUUUCCAAAGAGAUCUGGUGAGUGUCUUGCCAAGUAUCAGGGGAGGUGGUGCAAAUGAGAAAGACCUGGCAGACAUCCUGAAGAAGAAGGAAGAGUCACCAUUCAAGAGGUGGGCCAUAACAACAUGGCUGGAUAAAAGAGAAAAGGAAAUCACCAUGCUGAGUAGUUUCUUAAAUCAAAUUAAAAAAAGGAAUGUGAAUAUUGUUAUAAAUAAUCUGGAUGCAUUGCUUUAUGACACUAGCAUUGACAAUAUUGUCUGCUUGACUUUCACUUCACUCCAUGUGUGUCAGUCAUACAUGUCAGAAAUGGAGAGCUACCUUCAGGCCCCUUCUAGAGAGUCCUCAGAUAAAUCAUUUGAGCCAAGUGAAGAGUUAAUCAUCGAGAAGUUUAGACAGCAUUCCCGAAGUUUCAUUGAGUUUGCUGAAAUUAACCAAGACAACGAGACAAUGAGAUUUCUCGUCCACUCCAAGCCUGAUGCUGAUUAUCUUGGGGCGACGAUUUAUCUAUAUCAGUCUGGGCAGCUCAAAAACCGUGACUUUCAUAUUCCAUCAAAACCUGAGCCUCUUGUGGUCGACUCCCAAACAUUAUUUGCCAUAACCCUAAAAUUAAGACCCCUAAAGUCUGACUCAGAAGUGUACAGAGUGGAAUAUAGGCAAAAUGAAGAUGAAGAGUGGGAGACUGUGGACACAAGCAAUAAAAAUGAAAUCAUUACGAUUACAAAGUUACUUCCAGGUUCAACAUAUCAACUCAGACACAGAGCUGUUUGUCAAGUGGGUGUGAGUCAGGCCAGUGAUAUGAUUGAGGUAAAGAUACCACCUGCCAAACAUCAUCCAGCUAAACUUGCUAUAAAACAAAAAUGUCAGGAGAUAAAAGAUCGAAAUCCUAGACUUUACCUUUUGCCUUUAAAAUCAGACUUCAUAAACAACGAGAAAAAGAUAAGAAAAUGUACCUUUGGAGAAAGAACAUCCAACAAACCUGGAAAAACUAUUAUGGUCCUCGGGGCAACAGGUUCUGGCAAAUCCACCCUGAUCAAUGCAGUGGUCAACUACAUCUUAGGUGUCCAGUGGGAGGACGACUUCAGGUUCAAGUUAAUCCAUGAAGAAACAUCUAGAAGUCAAGCUGAAAGCCAGACAUCUGCAGUGACUGUCUAUAAAAUGAAUUACCAGGAUUGUUUUAAGGUCCCAUACUCCUUAACUAUAAUCGACACACCAGGUUUUAGAGACACCACAGGAAUUCAGCGGGACAAACAAAUCACUGAGCAGAUACGAGAAUGUUUAUCAUCCCCACAGGGUGUCCAGCACAUUAACGCAGUGUGUUUUGUAGUUCAGGCCUCCCAAGCUCGACUGACUCACACACAGAAGUACAUCAUUGACUCCAUUUUGUCCAUUUUUGGUAAAGACAUAGCCAAUAACAUCCUAGUCCUGAUCACAUUUGCAGAUGGACAGCGUCCACCAGUUCUUGAUGCCAUCACGGAGUCUAACAUCCCGCUCCCAAAAGAUGACAAAGGGAGACCUCUUUUUUUCAAAUUUAAUAAUUCAGCCCUUUUUGCUAAUAAUGACGAGACUAAUAGCAGUGAUGGUCUGAUGUUUGACAAAAUGUUUUGGGACAUGGGUGCAAAGAGCAUGGAGAAGUUUUUUGAUUCCUUAGAGAAUAUGGAUGACAAAAGUUUAGCACUGACAAACGAGGUGCUUAAGGAGCGCAGACACUUGGAGACGAUAGUGGAAGGACUGUGGUCUCAAAUUAAAGUUGGAUUGAUUAAAUUUGAACAAAUUAAACAAACUAACGACAUUUUAAAUAAGCACAUUACUGACAUAGAGAGCAGCAAGGACUUUGAGUAUGAAAUAGAAGUAACUGAGAUAAUAAGAGAGAGCAUUGCAGGCACCGGCAAGUUCAUCACUAACUGUCAGAAGUGCAACUUCACCUGUCAUUAUCCGUGUUCUUCACCAACAGAUGAGAAUGGGUUCAGAUGUUCUGUUAUGAAGGACGGGGUCUGCACUGUUUGUCCUGGUAAGUGUGUGUGCAAUGUUCACGUCAGCCAACAGUACAGAUUCAUCUAUGAAACUAAAAAAGUCAAAAAGACGUACGAUGAGCUAAAGAAGAAAUAUGAAAAAGCAAAAGGAGAAAAGAUGGCAACUGAGCAAGUGUUGGAGUGGCUUCAGCAUGAGCUGGAUGUUGUCAAAGAGGAGGUUCAUAAACCCAAUAAGGACUUUCAUGAUUGUAUUAAACGACUUGAAGAAAUCGCCCUCAGACCAAACCCGCUCUCCUCUCCAGAGUACAUUGACCUACUCAUUCAGGCUGAAGAACAAGAAGCAAAGCCGGGGUGGAUGGAGCGAGUGAAGUCACUGCAGGAAGUGAAAGAACAGGCAAUGAUAAUAGAAAAACUCAGCAGAAAUGAAGAACUCCUACCAAAUGAGCAGAAGAAGCAUGAUGGUCAAGAAGAAAGGAAGAAAAACAGGGGAAAGGUUUCAGAUUUGUUAAGAGCAGCAUAUAAGGGACAUAAAAACCUUUUUGCUUGAUUGCUUUUUGUAUUAUUAUUAUAAGCUAUGAAAUGAUUUAACGUUGGCUUAUUACAUUGAUGGUGUUUUACAAUUAUUGCAAUUUAGAAUAAACACAUUUAUGUAUAACAAAUAUGCUAAAUAGUACAAAAUCUGUGAUUAAAUGGAACAUGUGAGCUCCACCAUUUCACAAAGCUCGUCAUUUCAGUUCUUCAGAGCGUCAUGUCUCCAGGGCUGUCUUGUUGUUUUCCGGAUUUCUCUUUUAGAAAAGUUGGUGCAACACAGAAGUGCACUUUGAGUGACACAAAUGACACAAAAAAAUGAGAAAUGCUAAGAAAGUGACUAGUAGAUAUGGUGUUUGUCUAACAUAAAACUCUUUAUAAUUUUAAUCUGCUUACACAAUAGUAUAUAAUUGUAAUUUUAUAUUUUUCUUUGUUUAAUUGUAAAAGUAUACAAGUCAAAGUACAAUUAAAUUGUCUUUAUUGAUCAA